GUCCCAGAUACUUCGGUCUGGGAGGUGCGGACCAUGAGGAUGAAUGUGUGAAUUCGGCCUCGCAAAAAGCAGAGGGCAGCCAAACACAGAUGGGAGACCCAACUGCGGUAAGAGGGGAUAGCCUAAAGGCCUCGCAGAAAGCUGAGGAAGCAAGGUUGUCGGCCUCGCAAAGUGCUGAGGGUCACCAAAGGAAGCAGAAGCAGAAGCAAAAGCCCAAGAAACGGAAAGCGCACCCAAGAGCACCACCUAAGGAUCUACCACAGGAGUGGCAAAUGUUGUGUCAAGUGGUGGGUAGAUAUGAUGCUUCCAGUGAGGCUGCCGCACUCGAAGCCAUUGAGAAACUGGAAGAGCAGGAACUCAACCCGCUACAACAACGAGCAUGCCACGAAGUGCUUCGUUCCUUUGUGGAGCAGGACGCACAAUAUGCCAAGUGGAUCUUGGCAGAUGUGGCAAGUGGGUAUCGCCAAGAUGAUAAGGCCGAAUGCAUCAAAAUCACCUCGGCCAACAUCACCAGCUGGAGGAAACCCAUAGCGGCAUGGAUACACGAACUAGGACCGGACCUGGUGGUGCUGCAGGAAACCCAUCUCAAGACGGAGGGUAUCCAGCAAGCCAUGAGCCAUUGCCAAGAUAUGGGAUACACCUUCAUUGGCAUGCCAGGCAGUACAAAAACUAAGGGUGUACAAGGAGGCCUGGCAGUGGUGGCACCCCGACAUAGGAACCUGCGAUACCUUACUGAGUAUGGGACAGGACCGGCGGGCUUCCUGGCAUGUGCCAUGAGAAAUAAAGGCUGGGAUUUGAUCAUCGUCAGUCUGUAUUUGGAGAGCGGGGUCGGAUUCCAGGCUCCAAACAAUAUCCAAGUACUGGCGAGACUGAUAGCCUUUCUCAAGGGCUGCAAAGUGCCAUAUAUGGUGCUGGGUGAUUGGAAUGAAGCCCAGGAUACCAUGAGGGGCACAACUCUGGCGACAGAAGUUGGUGGUGCAUUUGUUGGAGUGGGGGAACCAACGGCCCAAGGAUCGGACGAAAUCGAUUACGGGCUGGUUGCGAAAUGCUUGGUGCCCAUCCUGCAAGUGAAAACGGAUUGGGAAACCCCUUUUCGGCCUCAUGCUGCAAUGCAUUGGAGGGUGGCCCAACCGUGCAGUAGCCCUGAUGCUCCCCAGAUGAAGAAGGCGGGAGCACUGGUGACGGAGACUGUGGAAUAUGAACCAGUUCAAAACACACAGAGCAUCAACAUCUUGGAUGAACCCAAGAUGGUAGAUGAGCUCAGUGAGACAUUUGCUCACCUGAGUGCCGGUGUGGAGAGGUCGAUCACAGGCCGAAUCGACGGUAUGGGUGUUAAAUCGGAGAUUGUGCGGAAGAAAUUGGUGGUCAACAACCCGGAGAACGUUGUCUGGACGGGCAAGAGGGCGGCCUUUUGGAACCGGGUCCAACAAUGGGUCAAACAAGGCAGACAUCAUGGCGAUGCACAUCCGGUGGCGCGUCUGGUCCAACGCAGGCUCGGCGAGUAUUACGAGGGUGAUGCGCAGAACCAGGAGGAUAUGCUUGCGAGUAUCUUGGGCCGGGGUACGGACGCUAGGCUUGCUCUGAAGCGCAUCGACGAACAGCAAUGCUACGCGAGAAAGGCGGAUAUGGAGGAGACAGCCCACCAGUACAAGCAAUGGCUCAGUAAGGCCAUGGAAAAGGGCAUGCGACCAUUAUACAAUGCCUUGCGAAAAGAAGAACAAGUGGUACACAGACCCUACAUGGAAUAUGACAUGCUGGAACGGCCACACAUUCGCCGAGACCACUGGGCGGCAGUGUGGACGACGGGCCAACCGUUGGCAAAAUCGGCCUCGCUCAUGACGGAGCUUGAGGAUGCAGCCAAAAAACAAGCGGCCAGCGUGGAGCCGCUGAACCCUGUCGAGGUCAAGGCAAGGAUCAAAAAACUGGCACUAAAGAGCCCGGGGCCGGAUGGCUGGAGGAUUGACCAUUUGCAGGCCAUGGACGAUAAAGCAGUUGAAGCCGUUGUGUCCUUCUACCAUGAAUGUGAGGCCAAGGCAGCAUGGCCGCAGCAAAUGACAGUCUCCCUUAUAGCAAUGCUGCCGAAGAAUCUGACCCGGGAAAGACCAAUCGCCGUGCUACACAUCCUGUACAGGACUUGGGUCCGUCUGCGAUGGGAUUUGGUAAGUACUUGGCAGGCAGGCUAUGCCACAGCUGCCACGUACGACAAGGCAGUCCCAGGCAGUUGCUGCUUGGACGUGGCCGUCGGCAGACUACUGCGAAAUGAGGUGGCAAAGACAAAUGGAGUGCAUGUGGUGUCACUCUUUGUGGACCUCGAGUCCUUUUUCGAUACCAUCCAAUUUCAGCAAUUGAUCAUGGCAGCAACGGCCCUGCAAUAUCCACCGCUUAAUCCUGAAGAUGGCACUGGAAGUGUACAUGGGUGCCAGAUACUUGGUGGCGGAUGGGGUGCUAUCGGCAGGCAUCAGAGCUACAAAUGGCGACGAGAUGUGGCAAACGUGGACUGUUGGUUGGAUGAUGUCUCAAUUGACAUCCAGCAUAAGUCCUUUAAACACGUGGCGGAUAGUGCCAUACGAGUCUACCGCAGCUUAAAGGACGGGAUGGAUGCUAAUGGUUUCACGAUUUCAUCCAAGAAGACAGGGUUUGUGGCCAGCAGUACCCAGGCGAGCAAGCACCUGCGUGAACUCCUGCUGCCUCAUGAGCCACAGGUGUAUGACGUGAUGCGUGACCUGGGCGUCGACAGUACAGGGGGGCGAAAGCGUCGCUUGGUGACGUCGGCAACGCGGGCCAAGAAAGCCCGUGCGAGACAUAGCAAACUGUCUAGGCUGGGGCCGCCGCCCAGCACUAAACUCCGCGUGGUCAAGGCAGCGAUCACAUCAGUUGCUUUGUGGGGGCACCCCUCUGUGGGGGUCUCACCCAAAAGAAUGAAAUGGCUCCGAACAGUGGUUGGAAAACACCUGGGUAAAUACAAACUUGGGAGUUUGGAAACCAUCUUGGACAUGGGAGCCAAGAAAUGCCAGGAUCCAAAGCGCACAAUCCACAAGCAGCAUUUCAAAGUGGUGGCCAAAGUUUUCCGUGCAUGGAUCGGUGGCGGAAAAGCCCACUUUGACUUGGCCUGGAAAACCACUUGGAAGAGGUUGAGUGCGGCCAAACACCAUUGGCCACUGGUCACGGGGCCGAUGGCAGCAACCAUGGCGUACUUACUGGAUCUGAAGGUAGAUGCCAGUGACCCAGGCAAAUGGAAGAGAGGAAGUGUCCUCAACGUUGAUUGGACCCAGCCACGCAUGGGUAGCCUCGCCUACAAAUGGCUUGAGGGAUUCCUGGAGGAACAGAAGCGGGCUGCGAUAGCGCGACAGGCAGGUGGCGCUGGUGCACAAGAGGGGCUGGAUUGGACGCCGCAUCACAAGCUGACGAAGCUGGGAGGCCUCAGCCCAGGCCUUAUGGAAGGUAUAAAGUCAGUGUGGCACGCGGGCGUCAUCACGGAGUCCAAGCCAGGAUGCUUUGCAGCAGAUGCAAAAGUGGAAGCGGAAGGCUUGAUCUUCGCCACUGACGCAAGUGGAGGUCCAGGAGGAAUAGACCCACGUGUACAAACAUCAGCCCUCGCAGUGGUGGCUAUGUCCUGGACAAAAGGUGUCCUGGAGGAAGCCGGACGGAUUACAGAGCUGGUCUACCCGUGGCAGCCGGUGGUGGACAUGGAGCGCCGUGCACUUUUCCGACUAAUGGAGCACACGGAGGAUCUGAUUGAUGUCACUAUGGAUUGCAAGCCGGCAGUCCAAGUGCUACAAAAAACACAACCGCCGGAGGAUGACCUGGAAUGGAGCAAAGUGUGGAAUGACAGGAAACGUAUCAAGGCAACCUGGGUCCCGUCCCACAAAACUGAAGAGGAAUUCCUGGCGAAGAUGGGGCCGGGCACGUUGUGGCGACGUGCAGCGAAUGACAUGGCAGACAAAGUAUGUGGGGCAGUAGCGGCGGCUGCUUACAGCCCAGCGCACAAGAGGCGUGUCAAAGAGUUGGACAAUGUGGUGCGCACACUUUCCCUGGCGUACGGUGCACGCGCAGCCCACAUAUUGAGGAAGCGCAAAGAAGAAGACUUCCCCUUCAUUCUGGACCAUGCGCAUUACAAAGAGAAGAUGGAGGUGGUCUUGGAGCAGUACUGCGUCAACCAGCCGGAGGGCAAGCUGGCUACCCAAGCGCAAACCCUUGUCAAUGGUGGAAAUAUGAGCAACGUCCAGAAUCGGCCGGACAAAGGCAAGGGCAAAAGCAAAAACAAGCAGAAGGAUCAGCCCCGAGAACGUUCCCCGCUUCGACAGGCCAGACACCCGGAGCAGCCUUGGGAUAGGGAAGAGGAGAGUGCUUCGGAAUCUCCGGUGGGUCCGGUACGCCUACGGGAGAGAGGAGAAGACAGCGCGGCCUCGCACCAAGCUGAGGGGUCAAUACAGAGCAAGAGGCAAGCGAGCCUCGAACAGUUACGCUGGCGGAAGGGCCAGGUGCAGGGCGCACACGAAGAGGAUAUGCUCUGGAUCGGCUAUGGGACCCUGUGGGCAGGAUGGAUUGGAGUCCUUUUCGACGAAGCAGUGGAGGGUUACUGCCACCACUACUUCUAUGGAAGUAUCAUCCGCAGGGCAGAGCUGUUCAACACAUGGUGGCAGGAACAUCGCCAUGAAGCCGGGGUCCUCAGACAGUCCCUGUUUUACCUGGUGGCUAUAACGUCAUGGCUGACCAUGCAAGGAGUUGCUUUAUCGGAUGUCACGGUGAGCAACGUUGGGCGCGACCCAAUGUCAGGAUCGUUACCACGGGCAGUGUUCUUUGACACGGCGGAGUGGACGAUGCUGCAGGAGGAGAGAUACAAGCUAUCAAGCGGCCUUGUACGCCUCCUGGAGAAGUAUGAUGAGGAGCUACUGGCAACCAUACGUGGAUUGGUCAGAACGUACGACGGCAAGAAAAUCACGCUGGGCAUGCCGUAUGACGAAGCUGAUGAGUGA